AUGUCAAAAGUGGCCCAUGCUCUGUGGGAUUUUUCAAGAAGUCGGCGAUCUUACAGACUGACGGCCGUGCUGCAGACGCUGUCGCUGCUCGCACUCGUGCUGGACCGCUGCCUGUCCCUGGCCGAGGCGCAGGCGGCGCACGGCUCCUCGUCCACCACCUUCUCGCUGUCCUCCACGCUGCCGGGUGCGGGCGGCGGCGGCAAGGGCGCGCGCCGGGGCCCGCGGGUCCGCUGCGCCUCGGCCGCCGCCUGGGGGCUGCUGGGGGCCGCGGCGCCCCUCGCCCUCGCGCUGUGCGUGCCCAUCGCCUCGGCCAGCGUGCGCAUGUUCCCCACCAGGUACGCGUGCGGUCUGGUGCGGCUCCACGGUGACCCUCCCUGGCUGGGCGCGGCCGUGCUGACGCUGGGCUACCUGCUGCCCUGGGCCGCCCUCGUGACAUGCGUCUCGCUGGCGGCGCGGCGCGCGGCGCUGCAGCGCUGGAGGCGGCGCCAGCUGGACAUCGCGGCACAGCAGCACGGCCGCGGCCCCGGGGCUGCGGCGGCGGCGGCACCCUGGGGCGGCGGCGGCAGCUCCCCUGGCACUGGGCUCACCUUCAACCUGGUCGACACGCCGUUGGGGCACCUCAACCUGGACGACUACCGGGCGCUCACCCUGGCCACUGUCCUGGUCUUCAUGUACCUCGCCAUGGUGGUGCCGGGGGUGCUGUCCACCCAGGUGCUGCAGAUGAUGGAGGCCAGGCCCCGGACGGCGCACGGCCCCGACGACCUGUGGCCGGUCAUCACCGGGACGUACGAGACGGUCCUGGUGUGGCUCAGGAUCCAGUUUGCCGUCGUGUCGCCGGGCGUCAUCGUCAUCCUCAGCAAGGACGUGCGCCGCAGGGCGGUGGACGUGCUGCGCUGCCUGUACCAGGCGUGCUGCUGCUGCGUGUGCUGCUGCUGCUCCCGCCGAGCCAACGCCGUGGGCCAGUCGCAGCCCCAGCGACGCUACGGCCAGCUCGCCGCCCCCGUGACCGCCCCCGCGCCCGUCCCCGCGGCGGGGGCCCCAGCCCGCCUGGGGCUCGCACCGCGGUGGCCGAGGCUGCGACACAAGAACGCGGUCUUGCUAUCUGAGUCGUUGGAGACGGUGGUCUCCGCUGGCACUGCUGUCCUGUUCGCCACUGGGCAGGGCCUCCACCUCCGCACCCUGGCCCCCGGCCCGGAGGAGGACGCCGAUGAUGUCUCCACCUUGGUCGGCGGCGGCAGUACGGGGCCGCCGGGCAGCUCUCUGCCGUUAGCCCCGGUGGGGCCGUGGGCCGGCUCGCCCUCGCCACGCUACGUCUUCCAGUUCUGCGACCUCGCCGUCAUCGAGGACCCGCCGAAGCACUCUCCUGAGGCCAGCACCGCCAUAGCGACAACGGGCGCCCUGGUGGCACCGCGGCGCAGGGUCAUGUUGCCGGACACGGACGAACGAGAACCAAGUCUGACCCGCGAGGAGCUACAAGUGUCGUUGGCCAAGCCUCGCAGCCUCUCCAACAGCUUCCGCAAGAACGUGCGUUUUGCGAGCGUAGUCGCCGAGAUCCCGCUGCCGCUCCCCAGCGUGGCGGAGGCUGAGGCCGAGAGCGGCGUCUGGAGCGACCCCACCUCCUCGUCGACAGCCUCGUCCGCGUCCACGUCGGCAUCCAGGGCUGCGCUGUCGUCGCCGGCCUCAUCUACGGACUCGCCCGUCCGGUACGUGCUGUCGAGGCCGCGGACGAGGUCCAUUGAGCUGGCCCUGGUGUCCGGGGACCUCCCGUCCCCGCCGCCGCAUCCUGGCCCUGGCAGCCUCCUGGGUACGACUUUCUCCAAGGCGCCUCCGUUGUCGUCGGCUACGGCCACCCUCAGCAAGAGGAAAUCCAGAUUGUGAACAAAAGACUUCGUGACAGUAUGCUGUACUCUGCUUUGUCGAAUAAACAAUCAAAAAUAAAAAGAAACUUUCAACGCCGUCGCAUCAGGCACUCACAGGUACCAGAUGUAAAUGUAAAUUUACCGACGCGUUGCAAUACUAAGACAAAAAAAAAGUUCCGUUCGGCAACGGAUCGUGGAAGCAGAUGAUACGUGUGUAAUGAUCGGGUCUUGUCAUUAUUUUAUUUCAGUACAGGAUGUGGGGGUAUAUGUAAAUUUACCAUCAUCAUGCAAUCCUCAGACACGAAAACAAAAACGCAAAAUAAAAUUGUGCCCGAUGCCGUGACCAGGAUUCGAACCUGGGUUAUUGCGGCCACAACGCAAGGUACUAACCACUAUACGAUCACGGCUACCGUUGGGAUGGGGACCGGGCGCGUCGGGAAGCAGCCACGUGCGGUGGCCUUGAGCGGGGCAGCGCCAGCGCUACGCACUGCCGUGGCGGAACGCCGAACUAAACCUUGAGGCGCGGACUAGCUAUGGCGCGC